AGUGCCAUCCAUCCCGAUUUAUAACAACAAUUCGUCCUACACUCACAAGAAUCAGUUCCAGUCUGACCCCGACUUGCAAGAAGAGAUUCGCUCAUACAUCCGCACAUCCGAGAAAAAAGACAACGGAAUCGAUAGAUGCUCGGGUUUUAUAUCUUUUUCUUGGUCGCUUCGGCCCAAUUUAUCCAGUGGAUCGGGAAGACGAAGCUGAUCGAUUGGACACAUUACUUGUAUCUCUGGAUCUCCGGCUCGUCUCUGCUCAAGGAUCAAGCCAUACUCAAGACCCAGAUCCUCAAAACCAAGGUCGAAUUUCAGGCUACUUCGUCCCAGGAUCAGUUCGCUAAAUGGGCCCGUCUUCGGCGGAAGAUCGAUAAGGAUCUGGUCGAUCUUGAGGCGCUCAACAAAGAGAUCUCGUCAGCCAAGGUCCAAUUCGCCGCGCUGUUCUCAAGUCUCUUGUGGACCUUCACGAGCGGCUUCCAGUUCGUGCUGAUCUCAUGGUACCGUCGCUCGCCGGUCUUCUUCCUCCCACAAGACUGGUUCCCAUCGCCCAUCGUCUGGAUCCUCAGCUUCCCUUCGGCCCCUUAUGGUGCCGUGUCGACGACUGUGUGGACAAUCGUAUGUAAACGUGCACUCGCUCUUAGCGGAGCCAUCUUGGUGGACACCUUUGGCAUCUUCUCCGAACCUCCUCCGGUCGCGCAGGAGAGCCAGACACCGGCCUCGAAAGUACCGCCUUCGCUCAAAUAA